AUGAAAGACGAUGAGUACGCGGCAUCAUAUGGGAACCUGGCAGUGCACAAGACAAUGUUGACGGAUAGGCCGCGCAUGGAAGCUUACUUCAAGUCAAUUAUCUUCAACAAGGAGUAUUUCGAUGACUCGGUCGUGAUGGAUAUCGGCACGGGAACCGGUUUACUGGCAAUGUGGGUGGGUAUGUAUACAGAGGCACGUCGCGUGAUAGCGGUAGAGCAGAACCGGGAGUUGGCGGACCUGGCUUCGAAGUUGGUGGCGCGUAAUGGACUGGCCGACCGUGUGGAGGUGAAGCACUGCAAAGUGGAGGACUUCCGCGAGGUGGAAGACCACAGUGUGGAUAUUAUCUUAUCGGAGUGGAUGGGUCACUACUUGCUUCAUGAAGGGUUCCUUGAUUCGGUUGUGUACGCGCGAAACAAAUUCCUGAGGAAAGGUCCUAAAGUGCGAAACCCUAACCUCGAGAUAUGGAGGAGCAAGAACUGUCAGGGACUCUUGUUUCCGUCGGAAGCAACUAUCUAUGGCUCGGUCACUUAUUUGUCGCCUCUCGAGGCUGACGGAGGGUGGGAUGAGUCUCUUUUCUUCGGGCUUGACCUGGCUCCAUUGGCCACUGCCAGAAACAUGGUUGAUGCAGAGAGCGGGACGAUGUGUAUAUCGCAGAUGGGUGAACCGCAGAUACGAUACCUUAGUCGAAGGCCAGACAACGAAGUCGUGGUUGCCAAGCUCGACAUGGCUUCUAUUGAAUGCAGUUCAUUGAACGAUCUCAGUUGCCAAAGGACGGUCACCUUCACUCGGGAAGCUCCAGCCAACUGUUUCGCCCUCUCCUUUACCUGUACGUUCCCCUCCAAGCCAACCGCUGAGUCCAAGUCAGCCUCUGAUGUCAAGGGACACACCACUCGAGAGACAGCCACCGCUCGAGAGACAACCACCGCUCGAGAGACAGCCACCGCUCGAGAGACAACCACAACUGGAAAAGCCACUACGUCGCGCCCGUCGUUGUUGACGCGCAGUGGGGUUGUGAGUGAUGCCCACAUCAUCUUGGACACGCGGCCGGGAAUGCCCAAGACACACUGGAUGCAGACCCUAAUCAUGUUCGAUACUCUCCCAGUCCACCCAUGUCUGCAACUCGUCUUUAAUGUUCAGCUUAUGAGAGAAAAAAAAACCGAUCGGUCAUAUGUUGUUGGCUUCGAAGUCACGGACGUUCUGGAAGCCAACGCUGAAGUAAUACAAGAGGCCUGCUAG